GUCCCGGCGAGGACAUUCACGACCUGACACAAGAUGGCGCCUUUGGAUCACAGUGAAGACGGCCAUCGCCAUUUAAUCCCAUUUAUAAGAACCCUCUGAUAUACUGGACAAACUUCUGAUCAACGUACCUGAAGAAAUUACAGAGCACAAGACAUGGUCCGCAGCUGCAAAGAGCUUCCAAAGCAUCAGGGGGAUCUGAGGAAAAUGUGUUAUGGCCCAAUGAAACCAGGACUGAACUAUAAUAUGCCGAUAAUUCCUAAAGAUAUGUCAACAGAGUUUCAUGUUGCCAAGUGAAACCGGCAUCCAAUUAAACUCCCAGACAUGAAAGGAGUAUUUCCAGUGAAGCAAUGUUGGCCGCAGGGGAAAUCUUCUGGAAAGGAAAAAUUUUGGCAAGGAGGUGAAAGUGAUGCCCACACGCUUCUGUUCCGCUACCAGCGAUGAAGAAUGCGACUUUCGCUUUCUGUGAGCACCUGCUGUAUAAAUUCACCGGUGGACCAGCACACACCGUCACACAUCGACACAAGAUCCAACCAUGGACCCUCGACUUGCUGCUCUGCUCCUCGUGGUGCUCCUCUGCUCUCACCCGGCAGCAGGUCAGAAGCUGGUGGGCUGUUGUCUGGCGACCAGAAACAUGUGCUUCCCUCGCAAAAUCGUGGCUAGCUACUUCCACCAGGAAGCUGGCAAUGGCUGCAAAUACAGUGCCACCAUUUUUCUGUCCAAGGCUGGCAAACAACUUUGCGCCCCACCGCAGUACGAGAGCAAGUGCGUUCAAGAGCUCAUUGCCUACCUGGACAACAACAAGCCACAAAGGAGAAGCAAAAAAACUGAUGUUUUAGUCACCAUUUAAUUUUUCUUUUUACAUGAUUUUUGGCUGCACGUGACAAUGCAUUCUUUUACAUUUUUUUUCUUUGAUGUCUGUUAAAUGCUCUUUUUUUUAUAAGUUUCUCUUUUUAAAAACAUAUUAUUGUGACUGGCUCUUAUAUAUUUAAUGUUUUAGUUUAUUUUUCAAAAUAGAGACAUUUUUGUGACAUUCUGCUGAGGUGUGUCUUCGUUGUUUGUCAAUUCUACUGCUCAGUGUUUGUUGUUGACAACAAGUAUAAAUAACGUUUAUUCUUUUUUUUUUAACUUCCUGUUAUGACUCAGUAAAGUCAUCAUUUUGUAUAAACAUUUUUUUGUAAUCUUGUCUUUGAUGUUUGUCAGCGGAAUUCAACCAGUUUUGUGCAGCUUUUUUAACACAUCUGUUGUCGACAAUGUUUAAAAUAAAGUUUUUGCCAUCUUUUUAA